GAGAUGAUUUAUUCAUUACUGGAUGGUGUUUGAUUCCCUUGAACUUGCAUAUUCUUUUUCUGAAAGAUGGAUUGUUGUGGGGACUCUAGGUCUGAAAAAUUGUAAUCUGUUUGAUAAGCUAAAAUGUAUUGUCCGGCCCAUUAUAAUUAAACAUCUUGUAAGGUAUUCUGGUAUCUAUAUUUCAUUAGGUUUUACGAAUUCUAUCUCACAAAAUGUGUUUAUAAAAUAUGUUUUACCUAUGUGAACAAUUAUAUUUUAAAUCGAAUUUGAAGAUACAUUUGAUGUGAGAUUCAUAAAUUUUUUUUAGGGUCAUAAACAUAUUUCUCAUUUCAAAGAGCAUCUAUUGAUCAUAAUCUUCAUUCUCAAGAGGAUCCAUUUUUAUUAAAAUUAAUUCUGAUAUCAAAUAUCAUGCUCAUAUCAAUAAUUAGUACACCUAGAGUUAGUAUUGAUACUAAAUAUUACGUUCAUAUUAACUUGUAAAAUAUUAUCUAUUUCGAUUUGUUGAAUUUUAUGAUUUUAUCUAAACAAAAUUUAUAAAUUAAAGGUAAUAUGAAUAUUCAUAGCCAAAUCGAACUUUAAUGCUAAAUUGAUAUGAGAUUUAUCAUUUCAAUCUAGGACCAUGACACUAAGGCAACUUUGCUAAGACUUGAGAGGAGAAAAGAAGGGGAACAGAUACGAGGGGAGAGGGUUUUUUGGGGAGGCAUUCUAUCCAUCUAUACUGGAACAAUCAGGAGGAAUUUCAGCUCUGUAGAUAGCUACUACUUAAGGACUUUGGAAGCAACGGUGAACCACUAAAUUUGCAAUUUCAUCAACACCAUGAUGGGAAAGAAAAGGAUGUAAAGGAGUGAGAGAAAGAAAAUGGAUGGAAAGGGCGAGGAAAUAGUGAAAGUUUCUAAGAGGGAAGAUUUAUUUUAGUAUAAGAAUUAUAUUUUUUUAUUUUUAUUAAAAUUACAUUCAUAAAACUAAUUUUUGGUCAUUUUCAUCUAAAAAUAAAAAAAAAUAUAAUUCUUAUUCUAAUGUAAAUAGAUCUUAUCCAUUUUUGUAAAUAGGAUAAUGAAAAAUAAGGAAUGAAUAUAUAAUUUAUAAAAUCUUGCACAUAAAUAAUAAAAAAAAGAGAUAAUUUUCACAUCAAUCUCAGUAUUUCAUUCCCUGAUAUUCUCAUGAACAAGAUGCAACAUAAAACAAUUCGUUCCCGAUACACAAGUUUGUUUUCAAUUAUCAAUUACCAGUUAAUAAACCUUGAACGAUCCUGAACAAAUGGCAAAUAGAUCGGGAUGCUACGGAGCGGCAGUCAAAUAAACCUCAUUCGCAGGCCACAGAAUUUAGCUGUUAAACGGAUCAACUCCAAUCCACCAAACCAAACAACCUUUCCCUAAGGAUCGUCAUCUCUUUAAUCAAGUGUUUGCUUGAUCCUGAACCAAGGCCUCAAAGGCUGAAGCAUCCUGCUUAUUGUCUCACAUGACAUCCCACAACUAUAUAUUUUCAUUUCUCACUUACUAGCAGUCUUCUUCAUUUCAGUCUCCAGCUUUCUCUUUUUCCGCAGCUGUGUGCACCCAUACACCCAUCUACGUUAGAAGCUUAGGAGAUUGUUUCUUGAAAUAAAAGUAGGCUUUACUGAUUAACAAACACCUGGAACGUUGAAAUGCAAUUUACAAUGUUUUCGCAAUACGUAAAUCUUUCUUGGUCUACCAACUAUUUGAUGAUUUGCCACUGAGAGCUUCUUCAGUCCUGCCAAUUUUGUUCCUUUUCUGCCAACAAGCAGCCCCCAAUCCAAUGACGUUGCAUUUACUUAGAAAAGUCAUUGCAUUUCCAUCAAUUGGGAAUUCAGGUUUCCUUCUGAGAUUCCGCAGUUUUUGCUCAAGGUUUCCUCCAAUUGUCAACAACGAAGAUAUCAAGCCAACCCCAUCAACAAACUACUCUAGUAGGAUUCAUCUUUCUCCUUUGUUCAAUGAUAGCUAUUCUCACUUGGGUCAUUAUGAUAUUGAACUUGUAGACGAUGAAACCUGGCAAGUUUCAUCGGGUUUAGCUCAUGCAUAUAAAGGAUUUGAUACUGAAGUGGGAACAAGACAGUUUACAGAAGCAGUUGGUCAAAGGGUAGAUGACGGUUCUCCUAAAAGUGAAGAUGAUCAAGACUUUGAUGACAUUGACAACAUGAGAAUUCGAGGUAGUCUCUUUUAUAAAAUUGACCGUAGCUCCAAAGAGUUUGAGGAGUAUACUUAUGACUUCCACAGAAAGAAAGGUUCCAAGAACAAGGAUGAUAGCAAAGAAAGCGAAAAGGAGCGUUUAAAGAAGAAGGAUGAUCCUAAAAAAAGCAAAAGGACGGAGAAAUCAAAUGUUAAUCUGCUUGAAGUUGUUAAAAAUAGAAGUGUUACUAAUGUUCUUGAUAAAUUUGAGGUUUGUUCUGUUGAGAAAAAGAAGGUUAGGGCUCCCACUUUUAAUCAACUUACGGGUCCAUAUCAUGAGCCAUUUUGCCUGGACAUUUAUAUAUCCAAAGCAUCAGUUCGAGCCUGCAUCGUUCACAGGGCGACUAGCAAGGUUGUUGCUGUAGCUCAUUCGAUUUCCAAGGAUAUGAAAUUUGACUUAGGUUCGACCAGAAAUGCAUCUGCUUGUGCUGCUGUGGGAGAAAUUUUAGCUCAGAGAGCACUGGAUGAUGAUAUCCAUGAUGUGAUUUACACACCAAGGAAAGGGGACAGAUUAGAGGGGAAGCUUCAGAUAGUUCUUCAGUCUAUAAUUGAUAAUGGUGUAAAUGUGAAGGUUAAGCUUAAACAAAGAAGGCCCAAGAAAGCAGCCAAGGCAUCAACAACUUAAAUGCAUUUAUUUGCCUGUCUUGGUUCUUUUAUCAUCUCCACUUGAUCAUAUCUUGACAACAUUUUGAGUUGCAUUUUAAACUGUUACAUUCAUGUAUGAAAUUACUGCCCUGAUCCACCGAGUUAAAUUUGCUAGUAGUCAGUUCUACUCACUUUGUAAUGGAGAAGGUGUUUUCUUCUCUUAUCUUCUGGAUUGUCAAGUGGAGUUUGGUUAUUUUAUGGGUUAGUUGAUGAAGCGGCUGCAUCUUCAUAAGGUUUCUGUUUCAGUCUUCUAAGCUGUUGGGAAUGGCAACUUUUUUGCAAAAUUAGAGCCUUCUG